CCAUGAUCGAGAUCCUUACUAUUUGCAUGAUGCUCCUGCUCGUCGUGUACAGCCUAAAGUUCUGCAUGAUUGGCUCAGCUUUUUGCAGAGGUGUCUGACACUCACAAGAAGAUCAAGAUGAUCUCCAAGCAGAGUGAUAAAUCAUGAGAAGUCCCAGAACCAUGAUAAUGUUGAUCAAGAAAGCAAAAGAUCCAUAAGGAAGAAUGAGCAUUCGAAGCAGGAGCGUCUUGACAAUAAUCACUCACUCAAGAUCCUCAUCUACCUUUGCAGUCAUAGACGAGAGCAAAAAUAGAUGAACGAUACCAUCUUUGUCUAAAUUUCUUAUUGCAGGCUCUUGAUGCGUAUCAGAAAGUAGUAGCCUUACAUUUUCCCUGUUUUCCUGCUAACUUCUUCUCAUAAGAUAAUAGACUGUUAGAGUUAGACAAACACGACGUCAACCUCGACCCCUCGAAGUAGCUCGUCUUCAUCACCAAUUAUUGCGAAGAUCUGUCAAAGAUGUCUCGUUUCGGGCAGUUCAUCAUGGGUCCCGCUGGGAGCGGGAAGAGUACCUACGCCCAGCAUAUGGCGGAGUACAUGCAGGUUGCGCACCGUAAGAACUGCCGGCUCGUAAACUUAGAUCCCGCAGUGUUGGAAAACAACUACAAGAAGAGUGACGCAAAAGGUGGAAAUGGAUCAUCACCAGGGGACAAAGAUGAGGAUCAAGAUGAAGAGGCUCCUAAUAUCUACGAUAUUGAUAUUAGGGAUUUGAUCACCAGCGACGACGUUCAGGAGGACUUAGAGUUUGGCCCAAACGGCGGUCUUCUCUAUGCAAUGGAGUACUUUGCUGACAAUUUGCGAUCCUGGUUCCGCGAGGAGCUCGAGCAAUUUGCUGGCGACAACGAGUAUUUUCUGUUCGACUGUCCGGGACAGAUCGAGCUGUACAUUCACCAUCCCGUGAUGCGGUGGGUGGUGGACUUCCUGCAAGACGAGUGCAAUAUUCGGCUCUGUGGCGUUUUCUUACUGGAUGCUUCGGUAGUUGCGAACGGCGUGUGCGCCAGCAAGUUUCUGAGUGGCUCGUUGAUGGCGCUCAACUGCAUGAUGCACUUGGCGUUGCCGCACGUAAAUUUACUGAGUAAAGUGGACUUGCUCGAAGAAGGACAGCUAGGAAAAAUGCACAACGACGACGAGAUAGACGAACAAGACGGAGGUGCAGCUGGUUCUACAACGGCAAGAGCAGCAGCAGAAAGACUCAUCAUGCCAGGAAUUCGUGGUGGUGCUGCGGAAGAAGCUACUUCAGCAGGUGGAGGUCAGGAGCGCUCUCCUCCAGCAGUGCUAGAGCGUUUCCUCGACAAUGAGGUCCAAGAUUUGCUGCCCGAGCUGAAUCGGGACAUGCAUCCUAGAUUUCGAGCUCUGAAUCAUGCUCUUGUCGAGCUGCUUGACGAAUACAAGAUGGUUUGCUACUCCUGUGUCUCGAAAUAUGACGAGGACUCACUCUCCGAAAUCGCGCAUCGCGUGGCGGAUCUCGUUCAAUACUACGAGAAUCAAGAGGUGGACGAUCAGGCUUACGACCGUGCGAUGGAGCGGGUCAAUGAGCGCGCUUAUGAAGGCAUGGGAGAAAAUCAAGAAGACCGUGAGGACUAUCAUUCGGGAGAUGAGGACGUAGAAAGAGAGCUCGAAGAGAGUCUUGGAAACAUGGAUUUGGCAGAUUACGGUGAUAUGUCCUUGGAAAAGUACGGGCUUGCAGGCGCAUAGACGUUCUGGCUCUUUGCUUUUGACGCCUUUCUUGUAUGAUCAUAUGGAAAGUGGGUUCCAUGCGCCAAGAUCUUCUAGUUUUUCUACCUGAUAGACUUAAAUGAUAAAUGACGAAAAAGACUAGCAUGAA